AUGAUGUUAAACCGACGGAUGCGAACAAUUCCAAACAUGUUCGUAGCGUCACUCGCUGUUUCCGACUUAUUAAUAGGAGUUUUCAGUGUAGCUCCAUUAUCCAUUCCAACAUUAGUGACUUCCCAUUGGCCGUUUAACGACACAACCUGCCAAUUUCAAGGUUACGUAGUUGGUAUGUUGGCUGCGGCAUCGAUUCACACAUUGGUCUUGAUGGCAGUGAACAGAUAUUACAGAAUUGUAAAACCCACAAAGUACCGACGCUACUUCACCAAGAAGAAAACGCUAAUUAUUAUUCUUGUGUCCUGGUUGUAUUCCAUUUGUGCUCCAUUAAUUUACGUGCUAAGUGGAAACAAAAUAGUCUUUCUUCCUUCCAAGUUCUUCUGUUUUUUUCCAAUCAAAAAAGGGGCAUUCGUAGCCUACGGUAUUCCGCUUUAUAUUGGUAUUCCAACCUGUGUUAUUGUUUACUGCUACUUUAGAGUCUUUACAACUGUUCGCAACCACAAUUAUGGCAAUUUUCAUCUCCCUGGAAAUCCAAUAAGUUCGGUAAACGUAGAAGAAGUUAAGGUGGCUCGCACCUUACUUAUAAUCGUGGUGUUCUUUAAUCUGUGUUGGAUUCCAAUCUUAACAAUUGACUUUGUGGAUACGAUUUCCCAACGAUAUAAUUUUCCUUCUGAGGUUUAUGUGGCAUAUACGUUUUUGGCCACUAUAAGCAGCGCCUUGAAUCCUUUAAUUUAUGGAGUCAUGAAUAAGAGUUUUCGCAGGAAUUAUCUGAAAGUGCUACGCUGCAGAUACUGCCGAUCUCAAGCUGUCGUGGAACCUUUAGCUUUACGCGGAACGAGGAAUGUUGUGGGGAGGUUACCAUUGGAAGAUCAGAAUGGAUAAAUGGGAACUGUAGGGAUGGUGUCACGUCAGUCUCUUCUAUUUUGUUUACUGUUAUAACCUCGCUACGAAACCGACGCUAUUGAGGAAACUUAACUUGUAAUUAAAUGAGAAAAGAAGGAAGAAAUAUCACAGCUUUGGGACAAACAUGUAUCGUUUAUCCAUAGUAUUAUAUAAUAAACAACUACAACUGAAUAAUCUCAGCUUGAUCUUGUCUCGGCCGAGUCAUUUUUCCAAAUUAUGGUCAUUUUUGUCAGUGAUUAUGCGAGGCCAGUGCUUUGCGAAUUUAACCCUUUUUUGACCGGAAGGUUUUUGAACCCUUUCCCCUCACCUAAAAGUUCUAAAAAUUACCUGGGAAUAUUUUAAAGUCGUCUUGUCGUGCGCUUGAACAUUCACAUUAUCAUAGCAACCUCGCUUUGACAGCCUUGUCUUUUUAAAAUCAAAUUGACCAGGUAUUUGAAAUCUUGGUCCCCUGUCUGCCAUCAUUUGUCAAUAUAUCCUCUUUGUCCUAAUAAAAAUAAAUAUCUUUCGCAUUCAGCAACAGCCCCACCUUACUUAUCUCUACAUUGCGUAAAAGCUGCCUUCCUUACCUAAUUUCAUCGAACAGAAGCACAAUGCCGUCACUGCUCUUCCUCUAUAUUUAUGGGUCUUUUCUCGUAAUCGAGCAUGAUGACAAAUAGAGAUGGUGCCUUAAUGUCACCCUGCAUGACCGUUGAGAGUAUCUGAAAAUAGUCCAUUUGGUCGUCAAGAGAUCGGAUGAAACCUUUGCUUUGAGAGUGUCAUAACGUGGAAAGCAUCUUGAACAUCGCUUGAUGGUGUAUGGAAAUUUAUUAUAAUGGUAAUUGGACUCAGUUGAGUACAAUUCGGUCUGAAUUCAUUCGUGUGAACUCUCAGUGCGAAUUCGAUUUGAAACCAAAAGUAUGAUUUCAGACCCAAAGUACAAGACAGGAAGAUAAAUUAUCACUUCAUUACAGCCAUUUAAAAUCACAAAAUUCAGUCAUUACCAUUGUUUCAUUAAUCUAUUAGCCGAUCUGUCGAAAGGGGAAACGAGAACGGUUUUACAUCUCAUUUUGUUUGCGAAACGGAAAUGAUGCGAUUAAUAUCAGAAAUGACGCCAUUUAUUUAGAAAAUGAAUGAUGCGCUAUUUAGAGAAAAAGGUGUGAUUGAUCAACGGUUGGAGGGAAAACAAUAGAAAUGUGGCGGUGGUGAAACAAUCACAUUGCUUAGUGCCAAUAAGAUCGCAAGAAUCACCAUAAUGGUGAAUCACCAGAAUGGCGAACACCAAAGAAUUACCAAAAUGAAUGUAAUAAAGAGCAAAAUUUAGUGUGAUUCGUGAAUGAAUCUUUCUGAUGAGGGCGAAUAAGAUUGCAGUAAUCAGCAGUGAUUCCAGCACUGGAUGUAACAAAUUCAGUAGUCGAUGUUUGAUGAUUUUUCUUGUGUGAUGAUUGAUGGAGCCGUACGCGUGCGAAAGACAUUAUUAUUGUAUCCCAGAUAUGGAUCUCUCUCUGGAAAUAUACGAUUUAGUAACAUUGUGUUAGCAACUGGUGAUGUUCAGCUAAUUAAUGCGUAUUGUAGUUUACGGUGUAGACUGAGGUGCCCGAUUUGAGAAUUGGUUUUAAGUUGCGAAUGGUAGCAUUUCGGAACCCAUACAAAGAGAAUUUAAAUCACAGAAGUACGACUCAUCCAGAAAUCUUUAAUUCAUUCAGAUUGCUAUAAUAAGAGUGCAUGCUAACGACAGGCAGGGAACCUUAUAAAGCAGUGUACAGAGGACAAAUUGAAAAUGAUCGUUUUCCCAUAUUCGCUACCGUACCCUAUCGUAAGGGAAUCUGUAUUGGCAAUGUGUUUCUUUAAAACUUGGUGGUUAAGAUUUUAACCCUUUUUUUUGUUUCAUUGUAUAAUUUACAUAAAUGAAAGAGCACGUGAAUUCAACAUACACUCUUAAGCGUCGUAGUCGAUGCUUUCGAAAUGUAAUAUUCAAUGCUGAGGGGUGACUCACUACUAAUAGACGUUGUUGUCGCUCAAAGUAAUUGGAAUUGUUACCCCAGAAAACAACAGUCAANCGGACGUGAUUGGAAAAUUCAGAGGACAAAUUGAAAAUGAUCGUUUUCCCAUAUUCGCUAUCGUAAGGGAAUCUAUACUGGCAAUGUGUUUCUUUAAAACUUGGUGGUUAAGAUUUUAACCCUAUUUUUUGUUUCAUUGUAUAAUUUACAUAAAUGAAAGAGCACGUGCAUUCUACAUACACUCUUAAGCGUCGUAGUCGAUGCUUUCGAAAUGUAAUAUUCAAUGCUGAGGGGUGACUCACUACUAAUAGACGUUGUUGUCGCUCAAAGUAAUUGGAAUUGUUACCCCAGAAAACAACAGUCAAAGUGAAAAAAUUGCUAGCAGUUUCAAGGCGUGGAGAAAAUGUAUCGGGCUUCUUACCGCUACCAAAACUUUUGUUAACUUGAAUAUCACUGGGAUGCUGAGUGUUGCAUAUUGUACUUAUAUGAGGUGAAACUUUAGUCGGGCGGCAAUUGUCUUCCUGGUGAAAAACUGAAUCGACCUGGUGCAGUUUAAGUCCGCCCUUAUAGACGUUUUGUUUAGUUCCUUGGGGAACAAUCAGGUGUCACCAAGUCUCUGUCACAGAGGGGUGUGAAAGACCAUGUCAUGAAGGAAAAUACCCUCGUUUUUGACUCGUGGAUGUACGCGAGGCAUGUUCCGCAAUGUUUUUCUCUUAAACAGGUAGUGUUGACAAGCAUUAAAGUUUACUUUACGGUCCGCGAAAUUUUCCUUGGCUUAUCAUUUCAACUUUGAACAAUUUUUCUUUAAUCAUCUGACUUCUCUAUUUUCUGAACAACGUCUCAACGUAUCCAACUUAUCCACGAGUUCCCCAUAAACCAGUUUGGAUUCUACAUAACGACUGGUAGAACUGUAUGAAUUAUGUUUUUGAUUUUCUUGUAGGUAUAAAAACUUUUGAGAUAUUAGCAUGCAUGUAUUUAUUAAAAUCCUUCUAAACACAUCAUUUUUUCCAGUCAAAGCCAUUACUUCGAACCUCUCGUAAACGACCAUCUCCCGCUAGCGACUACGACCACCUCGGUGAAAGCCAUUAUUCGACCACGUGGUCUGACUCUCUGUGCUGUAUGAAAGACGCUAGUAAGCGUAUGCAAUUAAAUUUUCAUCGACAACAUGGAUGCGAAAUUGCGAACUCCACAUUUCGUAAGUUAUAAGGAAUUGCAUGCAAUAAAUUUUCUUCCAAGAGACCAGUUGUUCUCGAUUCUCGUAUACGAACACCUACCGUCGCGUCACGACCGUAAGUUUACGCUUUCUGGGUGAUCUGUUACGGGAGGUUCGACUGUACUCUAUUGAUGGUCUUCUUUAACCCUAGCCCUUUUUCUUAAAUUUUAUCUAGCUGGAACUUUUUGAAGCUAAAAAAAAUGAAUUCCACACAGAACCAAAUGGCAGAAAUGUUAAGAGAGUUCAAAUCAAGAAGCCAAGCCAAAGUCGUUCUGGAAUCAGGGCUGUAUAUGCUCGUUUUGUUGUUUUUAUUCUUUGGAAACUCAUUAACACUCCUGGUUAUGCUGCUAAACCGACAAAUGCGGACUAUUCCAAACAUGUUCGUGACAUCUCUCGCUCUUUCAGACUUAUUAACAGGAAUUUUAACAGCGGGUCCUUUAUCCCUUCCUGCACUAUUGACAUCUCAGUGGCCGUUUAACAAUACUGCCUGCCAAUUUCAAGGGAUUAUAGUCAUAACAUUAAAUGUGGCUUCGAUUUACACAUUGUGUUUGAUGGCAGUGAACAGAUAUUACAGAAUUGUCAAACCAUCAAGAUAUCAACGCUACUUCACUAAGAAGAAAGCCAUGAUUAUGAUUCUAUCCACGUGGUUCUAUUCGAUCUGUUGUGGUCCAUUGCCCUUCGUGCUAAGUGGUCACAAAAUGGUAUUUUAUCCUUCCAAGUUCUUCUGUUUUUAUCCAGUCGAAAACAGUGCCUUUACGGCCUUUGGUAUUCCGCUUUACAUGGGCAUUCCAACCUGUGUUACCCUUUACUGCUACUUUAGAAUCUUCACAACAGUUCGCAACCACAACAGAAAUUUUCAUCUCUCCGGCAAUCCAAUAAGCUCGGUAAACGUACAAGAUGUCAAGGUGGUUCGCACCAUAUUCGUUAUAGUGCUGUUUUAUAAUCUGUGUUGGAUUCCAGUUGUGUUCGUCCAUUUUGUGGACACGAUAUACGAAAGAUUGGCGUUCCCCCGCGAAGUUUACGUGGCAAAAACAUUUUUACUCACUAUAAGCAGCGCUUUUAAUCCUGUAAUUUACGGUGUGCUCAACAAGAGUUUCCGUAAAAAUUACGUGAACGUGCUACGCUGCACCUGCUGCCGUGCUGGAGCUGUCGUAGCACCCCUACCUCUGCGAAGAAGAGCCACCGUUGCAGCCAUGAGUGGAACCAUUGCCUAGCAUAUAGACAAGUGAAGGCAAAUCAGAAAUUUUUAAAUUUCUGAUUUGCCUUAAAAGUUUUAAUCAAAUUUGAUGAUUCUUUCCUGAGUAGUUCAUCGAUUCAACAACCGGACUCAAAUAAAGGCUUGGGUCUAUUAAAUAGAGUAGUAAGUUGUAAGGUCAUUAUUGAAACAGGACAGGUCAUUGUUAUUAUUAAAGACCUCCUGUUCCACCUCUCAUACAUGUAUAAUGACCAGCUGGUUCUGAAACAAUGGAAAGGUGCAUUAAAUCGGAUAAUGUUCUUGUCUCUCGGCUUUCUUAAAAAUGAUAACCUGGUGUUGUGCUUGGAGCGCAGGCAUUAUCCAUCAUUUAAGCCCCUGAGGAGUUUUUCUUGUGUUAUACAAUCAACUUUCUCUAAUCUUGACGGAUACCAUUGGUAUCGGCCAUAACCGUCUGUCUUAGAGAGGUGUCCGGUUUAUAGAGGAGAGUCGAGGUAACACGACACCAGUUGUUCUUAGAUAAUAAAGCUUAACCUUUGCACGAUGAAUACACGAAUGUUUUAGGUCUGUUUUUAGAGUAGUACCUUAUACAGCAAAACCUAGAUACAAACUAGAACAAAAAUAAAAUAAUGAUGAUAAUAAUAAUAAUAAUAAUAAUAAUAAUUUGUAUCGCGCUAUUCAGCUACGCUUUCACAGGGCUAUUACAAUGAUUAUGCUUUUUAAAAAACGUAAAACUUAAAAGCUAAAAAUAACGAGGUAAAUUAGUUACAAAGCUAAAAAAUAUUAAUAUAUGUACAAAAAAUAAACUUUAACAUCUAAAAAGACCAAGAUAAAUUUACAGAUAAUAGUAAUAAAAAACGAAUUUUACUUCCCCAGAUCGAAAUUUCAGGACCGCACAAAUUUCGAAUUUAAUAUAAGGUAAUGGUAUUUUUUCAACAGAAAAAUCACUUCCCAAGUUUUCUUUGGUGGUUUCAAAGUGUACUUUGUUCAUCUUAGAGAGGUUUCCGUCUUAUAGAGUAAUUAAACUACGUUAAAAUGACUGAAAACGGCAGAGGCAAACACCAGGUGUUCGGCUUCUAUGAGAAGUUAAGAGUUGAAUGAGUGAAUAAAAUAACAUACAAAUAACUGACGAUAAGUAUAGUCAACCAGCGAGGGCUGAAAACCAGCAAUUCAUGAUUCCAGCGAAACAGAACUUCUUGCCCCUGAAAGCAAUACGUUUUAUGAAAAACCAUGGUAACAAAAUAUCUGGAUCUCAAUAAAACCGUGGUCCUGCAAAUAUGGCAGACAGAUAAAAAAUAAUUGAGAUGUAUGACUUUCCAGUGCAUCAUGAUUGCACUCAGGAACAAAACGUUAGACCAUACUUUUCUUCCAUCGUUCGAAAACCAUAUGGCCGUCUCUGUCAAGAAAGAUUGUUGACAUCCACAAAUCUUGCUACCAUGGUAAACUGACGUUACACUUCUCCUCUCUAUUGAGAUCCGGUUACGAAAGCCCCACUUUGAAUAAAGGCAAUUGCAGACACAUUUUCAACCCUCUCGAGACCCUACAGAAUACGAUAUAUUCCUUCUUAAAUUCACAUUUUCAUUGUGUCUGAUGACGUUCAGUUGAGGCGGGUGAACGUUUUUAUGGUGUUUUGAGAACGGACAGGAAAUUAUCGUUUUAUUGCUUUCUUAAAUUGUUAGUGUUGUUCUGCCUGACUUUUUCAGCAAAAUCCAUCUCACUUGUCGCAGAAACACCUGCCCCACGUUUAUUAAAACUAGGAUAUAAAUAGUGGAUUCGCGGAUCAAUUGCAGUUAGAGGCGGUACAAUAGUCGAUCUCACAGCUCAGUUCUAUAAAGCAUUAGUUUCAAUCUACAGUGAAAAGUGACCUGGACUGUGCCACAAGGAAGCUGUUUUAGAGAACAUUGAUCCUAGUGGAUGGCUUAGUCCGCCUGUUGGAACAAUAAUACCUCAGCCCUUUCACCGACCUCGUUUGACUCUUUGAGUGUAUUUUUCUAUUUACCAGGAACGGGUUAAACGCUACAGAAAAUGGACUCCACAGAGAACCAAAUGGCACAAAUGUCAAGAGAGUUUAAAUCAAGAAACAAAACCAAAGUGAUUCUAGAAUCAGGUUUAUACGUUCUUAUUGUAUUGUUCCUGUUUGUUGGAAACUGUCUAACGCUCUUGGUUAUGAUGUUAAACCGACGGAUGAGAACAAUUCCAAACAUGUUCGUGGCGUCACUCGCUGUUUCCGACUUAUUAAUAGGAGUUUUCAGUGUAGCUCCAUUAUCCAUUCCAACAUUAGUGACUUCCCAUUGGCCGUUUAACGACACAACCUGCCAAUUUCAAGGUUACGUAGUUGGUAUGUUGGCUGCGGCAUCGAUUCACACAUUGGUCUUGAUGGCAGUGAACAGAUAUUACAGAAUUGUAAAACCCACAAAGUACCGACGCUACUUCACCAAGAAGAAAACGCUAAUUAUUAUUCUUGUGUCCUGGUUGUAUUCCAUUUGUGCUCCAUUAAUUUACGUGCUAAGUGGAAACAAAAUAGUCUUUCUUCCUUCCAAGUUCUUUUGUUUUUUUCCAAUCAAAAAAGGGGCAUUCGUGGCCUAUGGUAUUCCGCUUUAUAUUGGUAUUCCAACCUGUGUUAUUGUUUACUGCUACUUUAGAGUCUUUACAACUGUUCGCAACCACAAUUAUAGCAAUUUUAAUCUUCCUGGAAAUCCAAUAAGUUCAGUAAACGUAGAGGAAGUUAAGGUGGCUCGCACCUUACUUAUAAUCGUUGUUUUCUUUAAUCUCUGUUGGAUUCCAAUCUUAACAAUUGACUUUGUGGAUACGAUUUCCCAAAGAUAUAAUUUUCCUUCUGAGGUUUAUGUGGCAUAUACGUUUUUGGCCACUAUAAGCAGCGCCUUGAAUCCUUUAAUUUAUGGAGUCAUAAACAAGAGUUUUCGCAGGAAUUAUCUGAAAGUGCUACGCUGCAGAUACUGCCGAUCUCAAGCUGUCGUGGAACCUUUGGCUUUACGCGGAAUGACGAAUGUUGUGGGGACGUUACCAUUGGAAGAUCAGAAUGGAUAAAUGGGAACUGUAAGGGUGGUGUCACGUCAGUCUCUUCUAUUUUGUUUACUGUUAUAACCUCGCUAAGAAACCGACGCUAUUGAGAAAAGAAAUAUCAUAGCUUUGAGACAAACAUGUAUCAUUUAUCCAUAGUAUUAUAUAAUAUUAAAUAACUACAACUGAAUAAUUUCAGCUUGAUCUUAUCUCGGCCGAGUCAUUUUUCCAAAUGAUCGUCAUUUUUGUCAGUGAUUAUGCCAGGCCAGUGCUUUGCGAAUUUAACCCUUUUUUGACCGGGAGGGCUUUUGAACCCUCCCCCCUCACGUAAAAGUUCUAAAAAUUACCUGGGAAUAUUUUAAAGUCGUCUUGUCGUGCGCUUCAACAUUCACAUUACCAUAGCAACCUCGCUUUGACAGCCAUUAUUUUUAAAAUCACAUUGACCAGGUAGUUGAAAUCUUAAUCCCGUGUCUGCCAUCAUUUGUCAAUAUAUCCUCUUUAUCCUAAUUAAAAUAAAUAGCCUUUGCGUACAGCAGCAGCCCCACCUUACUUAUCUCUACAUUGCGUAUAAGAUGCCUUGCUUGCCUAAUUUCAUCGAACAGAAGCACAAUGCUGUCACUGCUCCUUCUCUAUAAUUUAUGGGUCUUUUAUCGUAAUCGAGCAUGAUGACAAAUAGAGAUGGUGCCUUAAUGUCACCCUGCAUGACCGUUGAGAGUAUCUGAAAAUAGUCCAUUUGGCCGUCAAGAGAUCGGAUGNGUUUUUUUCCAAUCAAAAAAGGGGCAUUCGUGGCCUAUGGUAUUCCGCUUUAUAUUGGUAUUCCAACCUGUGUUAUUGUUUACUGCUACUUUAGAGUCUUUACAACUGUUCGCAACCACAAUUAUAGCAAUUUUAAUCUUCCUGGAAAUCCAAUAAGUUCAGUAAACGUAGAGGAAGUUAAGGUGGCUCGCACCUUACUUAUAAUCGUUGUUUUCUUUAAUCUCUGUUGGAUUCCAAUCUUAACAAUUGACUUUGUGGAUACGAUUUCCCAAAGAUAUAAUUUUCCUUCUGAGGUUUAUGUGGCAUAUACGUUUUUGGCCACUAUAAGCAGCGCCUUGAAUCCUUUAAUUUAUGGAGUCAUAAACAAGAGUUUUCGCAGGAAUUAUCUGAAAGUGCUACGCUGCAGAUACUGCCGAUCUCAAGCUGUCGUGGAACCUUUGGCUUUACGC